AUGGUCAAUCAGCCCAGCUCCCACCUGGCUGAGGGUGUCAACUUCCUCGGCCAGGUGUCGCUCGCAAGGACAAUGCCUUCCAGGUGUCACCGUCACAGUCUCUUCCCUCCUAACCCGCCCUCUCUGCCCCCUUCCCUUCCAACUUUCCCAUUCCCCGCCAUUUCUCCUUCGAGAUCUGGGCCCCGGGCCCCGGGUCCAGGGAUGUGGGCAGGGGUGGCGGGGAUCCCUCCUGCUGCCUGCCGCGGGGCGGCUUGGAGAUGCCAAGAGCACGGGGAAGGGUCCAGGAGGCGACAGCCCGAGUGGGCGAAGAGAGAAUGUGCAUGUGUUUUAAAGGAACCAGCGCGGUCUCUGGACUUCCCUGCCUUCACUCCCCAUCCUCCUCCCGCCCCAACACACACACACACAUAGUAUAACAGACGCGAAGAUAAUCCUGCCAUCUGGCAAAUCCCAAAUUUGGCGGCCAAGCUCAGAAAGCCACGGCGAAGUGUCAUCCCGAAUAGAUGGCCGGUCCUGCCCGACACUCUGGAGCUGGGGCGAGGGCGAUGAGCUCUGCCCGCACCUGCCCGCGUGGCGGCCGGAUCCCCCAUCCCCGCCCUGACCUCGCAGACUUUGCGGGGUUUUCUUCCCACAGCCGACAGAGGCUCUGAGGGUCAGGAAUGCGGACACAGGACUUGUGGGCCCCCCGCCCCAGUUUCCACUAGUAACUGCUUCAAUGAACUAAAACCCAAAUUCGGCUUCAUUAUGUAACACCGAAUGUAAUUUAUAGCUGGGCGGCCUGUCGGCGGCGAUUUAGAUCAUUUGGUGAUAAGGAUCGCACUUAUUAGAUUUCUUCAAAGCCGAUGGGGGUUUUCUAUUUUUUUUUAAAGGAGGGCAUUUGUGCUAAAUUGCCCAGUGCUGGUGUGAUAACUGUCAAAAGUUUGACAUCAAAGGAGCUAAUAUUAUUCAGUUACCAGAGAAGCUGUCUGUCUAAAUAAGAAUAUCUUAAUUACAGCAUGACAAAGGUAGGAAGGGGUCGGAUCUGAAAAGGGGAGAGGCAUUCAGGCGCCCCUUUUGAUGCACUAUCUAUAUUAGACUGAUGCUCCACUCUUAAUCAGGCCUAGUCCGACUUCCUCUCGUCUCCUCGUCGGUCCUCUGAACUUUAUAACUAUAUGUAAACACGUUGUCAGCAGGGACGUAAUCUUCUCGGGUUCUUAUUAGAAGAAAUUUCCAUCCUUUCCCGUUCUAGAUUAGCAGUGGAGUCCGCUCCAUCAAUGAAGGGACUAAGGUUUCGUGGACAAUAAUGUGGCAAUUGUUGAUGGUUUGUGACCCAUAAAAUGUGGAGGUGACUGUUCUGGCUUUGGUAUGUAAUUAUGCAAAACACUUUCCAUAAAGACUUGCCAUUCGAUCUAAUGGCAGUCCCUGCGGUCUAUUUCAAAAAGGGAGGGUCUAUGUACAGAGAGAGAAAAGUAACAUUUGUUUUAACACAGGUUUUAUGGGGGGGAUGGAUAAAUACAAACACAUCGCAACACCGCCCAAAGUAUUUUUUCGAGUCAAAUUAAAAUAAUUACGAGGGGGUUUAAUAAGUUAAUCAUAGCAACACGGCCCAUCCAAAUGCAGAGGGAGGGGUGUUCAGGCUUCAGCCCACCACCUCCCGACCUGAGACUGGGCUUGUGGGUGGCGAUUCGCCUCCGGCUCAUGCAGGGUGGGGUGCGUCUCCGCGCCAGCUCAGUUCACCUGGGUGCCGGGUUGGACGCUAAAGCCCUGACUAGGGCUGAAGUUGGGGGAGGGGCAGGCAACCUGCAAAAUCUUUUCCGCGAAAUUACGUGACGGAGGGCAUCUUAACAAAGCAGCCAUCUCCCAAGAAGCCCUCCCCCACAUCUCCUUUCCCUCUGGUGCCCUCAAGCCCCAGGAUGUAGGGGCCCACAGGAAGGCUGGUGGGAGGGGAUGCCGAGGUGGGGUGGGACGCCAAGGCAGCAGUGCCUUGCUAAUUUGGGGAAAAUGUCUAAACCCGGAGCCCACAAUCAGAGAUGUCACCUGCGAGGCCGACCCCCAGCGGCUCACGCAGAACCUCUCCACGCCACCUGAGGUUUUGUUUUGUUUUUAAAAAGCACCAGAAGGAAUUUAAAAGAGCUUAAAGGAGGAGAUGUGGAAUGAGAUGGGAGGGCAGUCACGGGUCCCGACCCACCCCUGGCUGCCGGCUCAACAGCAAGCGUUUCUCUGUAACGCCACGGGCCCCCACUCCGCUCGGAGAGGCG